AUGCCUGAAGUACAAUUAUAUGUAUGGGGACCAGCAUUAAAUGCUCCCUCCAUUGACCCUAAAUGUAUUGCUAUUGAAGCCUAUUUGCGCCUUAUAAAGCAAAAAUAUACAAUUGUCAAGUGUAAUGAUCCACAACAGAGUCCAACAGGUGAACUCCCUUUACUCAAGGAUGGAUCUAUCUGGAUUGCUGGUCUUGAUCGUAUCUUGACUCACCUUACUAAACAAGGCAAGGAUGCCAAUAAAGAUCUUACACUAGAACAAAAAGCAGAUUACCUCGCUUAUUCUACAUUAGCACAAGAAAAGCUCUAUGAUUGCAUGUUGUAUACUUGGUAUGCAGAUUCAACCAACUUUAUCAAAAACAUUCGACCUACUUAUGCACAGCUUUUAUCAUUUCCUACACGUUACUUUAUUCCUAUUCAACUUAAAAAGAGUGCUAAAGCAAGACUUUUAAAAUACAAGGUUGAGAUCACAAGCGACGACGUAGGUCUUCCUCAAAACGAAAAAGAAGAAAUGAAAGAACUGUUGAAAUCAGGCUGGCACCAUAUGUAUCAACUAGCAAGGGAGACAUAUCAUACAUUACAGACACAAUUGGGCGACAAAGAGUACAUGUUUGAUCAACCUUCUACACUAGACUGUGUUCUGUUUGGAUAUCUUGCUUUACAUUUGUACCCUGAUUUGGCUCAUAGACGCUUACAACACAUUCUUCAGAACGAAUAUCCUCGUCUUGCACAGUACUGUGAUCGCAUGAAGCAAUUGUUAUUUGCAGAUCAACAAGCGAUUGAAUCAGAGCCAGCUGAAGAUGUGCCUUCUAUUUGGCGAACAUUUAAGAAUAAUCCUAGGGGGUUUUUGGGUACCAUCAAAGACGAUAUUGUUUCUUAUAUGGGUACAUCAUCAGAAAAGCCAGAAAAGACUCAAGCACAAAUUGAUUUCGAACGCAAGCGUAUUUGGUCCAUUGCUGGUGGUGUUACUUUCUUUUUGGCAUAUAUCAUUUACAAUGGUAUUCUUAGCAUAGAAAUCAACAAUGAAGAUGAUGAAUACUAUGAAUAUGAAGAAGAGUAUGAAGAAGAUGAUGAUUAA